UAUUUUUAAAUUCACUUUUCAUUUCAGUCAAAUUGGCCUAGUUUUUAUUUUUAUACAAUAUCUAUUUAUAUAAAUGAUCUUCCAUCUUCCUUCUGCUUCUUAGAAUCCUUCAAUUAUGUACCACCUCCUGUAGGAGGCAUGUUUUGAUUCCCUCUGGAUGCAAGCAUUUUCCCUAUCAAAGAUAUUAUAUCUAUAAUGUAGGAACAUACAUACAUGUGUGUAUAUGUGCAUAUGACAUGUAAAUAUGUGUGUUGCACACCAUUUACAUGUGUACAGAUUAUAUCGACUAGUAUUGGGAUCAAUAAAUUUUGUGUGUGAGUGUAUAUGUGUAUUAUGGGCCCAUUUUAGCAAUUGGCUAAAUCUUAUGAAAUCUUAAAACAAUAUUUUUAAAUGUAUAAAAUAAAAUACAUAGGAUUACAAAAGAAACCAAAUAUAUUAAAAUAUUGUUGUCAAAAUGUUUAAAAUAAAUUCACAGAUCUCAAAUUAGAAAGUUAGAUAUAAUAGAAUGUAAGCUCUAUAAAGGCAGGUACUAGAGAUACACAAACACACAUACACUGUGUGUGUGCACAUAUGUAUGUAUAUGCAUAGACAAUGCAGGUAUGUACACAUACUCACAUACACAUAUGCAUAUGUGUUCAUAUAUAUUUACAUUGCUUAAUCUUGUACAUAAUUGAUGAUUGAGAAAUGCUUUUAGUUGAAUUGAAUAAUAUGCUCAUUAACUGAAUUAUUUAGAUUAGGAAUUCUUAUGUCACUAGAAGGUGACAUAUGACUCAAUAAAAUCUUAAAAUGCUGUUUUAUUUUGGACUGUAUCUGUAUAAAUACCUAAACUUUUUAGGAAGUUAUAGAAGAAUGAUAUAUUGAUGUAGCCAAGAAUUUUCAGGUCUUUAUUAAAAAUUGGCCAUUUUAUUUUAUUACACCAUACUGCAGCUUUUAAAUAGCAAAUCAAGAAUUUAAAUUACUCUAAAAAGAAGAAAAAAAAAAAAAGAAACACACCAGGAACCCAAAUUUCAAAUCAAUUUAAAAUGACUCUUGGUAUCAAAAAUGUGCUUGCCUUUGAGAUUUUAAAAGUAUCAUAAUGAAUAACAGCUUUACAGUUUAAGAUCUUUAUCCUUUAGAAAGCCUUGAGGAUGCUAGACAAAUUGCCUAACUUGGUUUAUGUGAAGGAAAUAUCAAUGGGUAACAUAUUGUGACUAUUGUACGCAGCUGCUUGCAGAAUUCUAGGAGGAAUUCAAGUUAGAGCGUCAGAAGGUAGCAGGUGUCUUUGAAUGUAUCUUAGGUAUUUUGGUUAUGUAGUCUUUUUAGGUCAGGAUCUCUGGCUAUGUAUCUAUCUGGUGAAUGCCAUGAUACUGAAUAUUAAUUUUAAUUAUUAAUUAUUAUUAAUGAUUACAACUUGAGCAUUUUAUACUUAGUUCAAGUCAAAAGUGGUUUGCUUCAGAUAAUAAGGUAAUCAGAUCUUACUACAUGUAAUAAACAAAUAGUGCUUUUUAUUCCUAGGGCUUUUACUGACUCAGUGUUCAGACAGUCCCAGAAACAUAUAUUCUUAUACUGUUAGCUUUUUCACACAUACACAAAAUGGAGAUAAUAAUAAUUAUAUGUGGUCAAAGAUCAUAGUUAAAAUCAAACACUUUAUAUCUAUUGAAUUUUAAAGAAAAUAAAAAGGAUCAUAGGGACUCAAUCAUAUACUGCCCACCUCCCCCUCCAAAAAAAAAAAAAAUCCCGAGAUACAUCUGCUUGUCAAUAAUUUUAUACAUAUAUGGAUAUCAGGUUACAAAGUAAUACAGAUUUUUAACUUAUCUGCAUUUAUACUUUUAAAUGACUUCCAGCUUUUAUAUCUUUUUUUCUGUUAACAUUUGAGUUGAAUUAUAUAUUUGCUGUUAAUGUUGGAGUAAGAAGAAUACUUCUAUGUUUCAACUUCUGCUACCAUUUUAAUGGCAUGCACUAUUAUUCUAUUUGAGUCUGCAGUUGAAGAGGUAACAAUUCAGUAAGCUAUGUAUGAACAAGUUUUAUGACCCUAACACAUUCUGAUCUUGACUCAUCUCUCUUUAGAUAUAUGUUGAUACUAGGUUAUAAUUCAUUUUUUUGUUGUUGUUGUUUCAAAAGUUCAAGGCUAAUUAUAACACAUUUAGAUAUCUGCCAUCAUUUUUUAUUGAGUCUUUCAUUUUAUUUCUGGUAUGGAAUUCCUUAUUCUAUUCAUUUCUAGUUGAAAAAAAUGUGUUUCCUUGCAUUUUUCUACUUUCUCAAUGUUCUCAAUGUUUUUGUUCCUUUUUCACCACUCUCUAGUUUUAUUGACAUGCUGGGCAAAUAGAAAUCAAUAUUAUGGAUUUCAUGUUAUCUAAGUAUAUAGCUACAGACCAGGGCUUCUUAAUUAUUUUUCUUUUAGAUAGUCUGGUAAAGUAUAUGGACUCCUCAGAAUAAUGUUUUUUAAAUGCAAAAAGUUUCAUAUACAUAUAUAUGUAUGUGUGUAUGUAGUGACAAAAGAAACUGAUUAUUUGAAAAAACAGUUAUCAGAAUACUAAAGAAGGGAAAGGGACCUGUAUGUGCCAAAAUGUUUGUGGCAGCCCUGUUUGUAGUGGCUAGAAACUGGAAAAUGAAUGGAUGCCCAUCAAUUGGAGAAUGGCUGGGUAAAUUGUGGUAUAUGAAUGUUAUGGAAUAUUAUUGUUCUGUAAGAAAUGACCAGCAGGAUGAAUACAGAGAGGCUUGGAGAGACUUACAUGAACUGAUGCUAAGUGAAAUGAGCAGAACCAGGAGAUCAUUAUACACUUCGACAAUGAUAUUGUAUGAGGAUAUAUUCUGAUGGAAGUGGAUUUCUUUGACAAAGAGACCUAACUCAGUUUCAAUUGAUAAAUGAUGGACAGAAGCAGCUACACCCAAAGAAAGAACACUGGGAAAUGAAUGUGAACUAUUUGCAUUUUUGUUUUUCUUCCCAGGUUAUUUUUACCUUCUGAAUCCAAUUCUCUCUGUGCAACAAGAGAACUGUUCAGUUCUGCAAACAUAUAUUGUAUCUAGGAUAUACUGCAACAUAUCUAACAUAUAUAGGACUGCUUGCCAUCUAGGGGAGGGGAUGGAGGGAGGGAGGAGAAAAAUUGGAACAGAAGCAAGUGCAAGGGAUAAUGUUGUAAAAAAAAUUACCCUGGCAUGGAUUCUGUCAAUAUAAAGUUAUUAUUAAAUAAAAUUAAAAAAAAAAAGAGAGAGAAUAGAAAAAAAAAAAGAAAAGAAAAAAAAAGGAAAAAAAGUUAUCAGAAUAGAUAUAUAUUUUUUAAUUCAUAGAUCCCAGGUUAAAAACUUGCAAUAAAAGGUACUAUUUGUCAUGGUAUAAUACAAUAGAAUUCAUAUUGGUUUAAAAUCACAUGUUCUAUGGGAAACCAAUAUUGAUGAAGCUAUUAUUUCCCAUUGACACUCCGGGCCCAAAAUGGUUACACCACAAAUUCAGGUAAACUGUUGAUAGGGAGGGAAAGAAAUUGGAUUCACAUAACUCAAAAUAGGAAGUAAAUUUGAGGACUUUUUUUUUUUCUUACUUGCUCUUAUCUUUUUUUCCCUUUCUUUCUUCCUUGUAAUAUAGGCCAUUCUGAUGAUCACAGAUUUUCCUUCUCUUAUACUUUGGCCUUUAUCCUAGUGCAAUGCUUUCCUAUGAAGUACAUUAAAGCUGAAUCUUGGAACAGAUCAGACUGCUUGUGCCUAGAGAGCUAAUCUCUAUUUGAAUCAUAGCAAAGGACACCAAAAUGCCACCAGCAGCAAGUGGUCCCCCUCAGUAUCCACCCCCAGAUGGAGGAUGGGGCUGGAUUGUGGUGCUUGGAGCUUUCAUUUCCAUUGGAUUUUCCUAUGCAUUUCCUAAAGCCAUCACAGUGUUCUUCAAGGAAAUUCAAGAGAUAUUCCACUCUUCCUACAGUGAAAUAGCAUGGAUAUCAUCCAUUAUGCUUGCUGUUAUGUAUGGAGGAGGUCCAAUAAGCAGCAUUUUGGUGAAUAAAUAUGGCAGUCGGCCAGUAAUGAUAGCAGGAGGUAUACUAUGUUCUUUGGGAAUGAUUUCUGCUUCUUUUUGUAAUAGUGUAAUACAACUUUACCUCUGUGUGGGAUUUGUUGGAGGUCUGGGUUUAGCUUUCAACCUACAACCUGCCUUAACCAUGAUCGGCAAGUACUUUUACAAGAAAAGACCCAUUGCUAAUGGAUUAGCUAUGGCUGGAAGCCCUGUAUUCUUAAGUACACUAGCACCUUUCAAUCAGUUUCUUUUCAAUCAUUUUGGUUGGAAAGGGAGCUUCUUGAUAUUGGGGGGGCUCCUUUUGAACUGUUGUGUGGCUGGGUCACUCAUGAGACCUGUUGGACCCAAACAAACUCCCCCUAAAAAAGAUGUCGAGAAAGCAGCAGGAGAUGCAAGUUUACAGAAAAAAAAGAAGAAAUCAGCAUGUGGAACUAUCAAUAAAUAUUUAGACCUGUCCCUUUUCAAACACAGAGGGUUCUUGAUUUACUUAUCAGGAAAUGUUAUUAUGUUUGUUGGUUUUUUUGCACCAAUUGUAUUUCUGGCACCAUAUGCAAAACACAAGGGAAUUGAUGAAUAUUCUGCAGCCUUCUUGUUGUCCAUCCUGGCUUUUGUAGACAUGUUUGCUCGGCCUUCCAUGGGUCUAUUGGCAAACACCAAGCUGAUCCGGCCUCGUAUCCAAUAUUUCUUUAGUUUUGCAGUUUUGUAUAAUGGCAUUUGUCAUCUCUUGUGCCCUCUGGCAGAAAGCUAUACAGGCCUGGUGGUCUAUGCUGUAUUUUUUGGCUUUUCCUUUGGUAUGGUCAGUAGUGUACUCUUUGAAACCCUCAUGGAUCUUGUCGGUCCCACAAGGUUUUCCAGUGCAGUGGGACUUGUGACCAUUGUGGAAUGCUGUCCUGUUCUGAUUGGACCUCCAUUAGCAGGUAAACUGGUGGAUGAUACUGGAGAAUAUAAAUACUUGUAUUUUUGCUGUGGAGUGAUUGUGACUAUAGCUAGCAUAUGGCUGUUUGUUGGCAAUGCUAUCAACUAUAAGAUGUUGGCAAAGGAAAAAAUGUUAGAAGAAGAAAAGCAGAAAACACUAAACUAUGCUGAUUCCAAGGAAGUGGAGCCUUUGACCAAUCAUGAAAAUGAUGAAGUUUCUGUCAAAGCUACCAAAGCACUUGAUGAUCCUUCAGAAAGAGAAACGAAUAUUUAAUGAGAAUUAUCACUCAGAUAUCAGUGUUUCCAACUUCCCUUAAAAUACAGGGCAGAUAUUUUUGUUGUAAUACUCAGCCAUACUUGUUGAUAGAGAUAGAAUUUUGUCCAGUGACAAGAUUCUACUUGGUUUGUUAUCGAAGACUUUUUUUUUUUCUUUUUUGUGAUUUUGGUGGUGGUGAGAUUUUUUUGUUGUUAUUGAGUUGCAAACAUACGAAUGAGUCCGGCCUUAUUUAUGACUCUGAACUCUGUGGGUAAGAUAUUAAUUUAAAGUCUUCCAGUGACAAGUGAACUUGGUCACAAAUAUAGAAGUAAAUUCUCAUUACUACAUUAUCUGCUUCAUGUGCUACGUGAAAAUAUUUGUCUGAACCCUCAGGAUGAUACUUAUUCCUAUGGAUCUCUCUCCUCCACAAUGUUUUUUUUUUGUUUUUUUUUUUAAUGCAUAACGUAAAAGAAUAGGAAUGAUUAAGGGAUGGGGGAGAUUACUACAAAGAGUAGUGAGGAUAAAACCAACCAUAAAUCUAUGUACAACGCAACCAAUAACAUAAUAUUUGUAGGAUUUUUGUUUGUUAUUAUAAAGUACAAUAUGCCCAGGGGGACAAAAUGGAUGUAUUAUUUUUGCUUUAUCCUUUACAGUAUAAAUGUUAAAAUCAGGAGAUGAAUUCAAUAAUUCUUUAUUCUAAAUGCAAUUAAUCAUUAACUAAAUAAUAGUGUGUGUCUAUGUAUAUGGGUGUGUGUAUAUACACACAUAUAUCACAUAUAUGUGUAUACUAAUCUUUGUGAAAAAUUAUGAAAUUAACGUGCUAAAACAAUUACUUUUGGGCCCAUAUGAUUAAUCCAAAUGUUUUUAAUGCCAGUUGAUUAUGACCUAAAAAAAAUAUCUUUUCAUUUUUAAUCAUUAAAAUGAUCCAAAUAAUGGAAUCAAAAAAGACAGGUAAUCAAGGAAAGUGGGUAGGAAUCAGCUAAAGUAAUAUAUUUAAAAUAGAUUUAGGUCUAUAAUGGCAAGAAAUAACAAUUAAGGAUUUCUGUUGAAUAUAUUAAUAAUAUCAGGUUAGAAUUUAAUUUUUAUUUUCUGAUGAGUCCAUUGACAUCAUAUAGUAUAAUCACCUGUCAUUUGUGUUGACAGAACUUCCUUAAGGCCAAAUUCUGACUUUUCCCCAUAGCUCAAGGAAUUUUCUGUUUUGAAGAUGAGUAAUCUGAUUGGUCCUACACUGGGUCGAGUCCAGUAAAUCUUCCCAGUGUCUCAGGCACAAAGGUAGCUAUCUAAAAUGCCUCAACAUGAUAGUACUGGAAAAUUCAAAUCCUGUAGCCAUCAGACUCAGAUAGCUUAUGCAGGCAACUGAAUAAUAGAGUGUCAGGUUCUAACCAUUUCAGUUGUCACAUUUUGAUUUUAUAGAUAUCGCAUGGAAUAUAAAGAUGAGAACCUUGUGUUGUUGUUGUUCACAUUUAGGGAUUGGUUUCUCAUCUUUGAAUCCUUGUAAGAUUUCUCAAAAUCUAUAACACUAUUUUAAAGAAAAUUAGAUAUUAAGCUUGUUGUUUAAAAGUCUCUAAAAUUAAAAAAAAAUAAAUUAGGAAAACUAUUAAUAAUCUGACCAUUUCGGUUAUAAAUAUUAACUUCUGUAGAUCAGAAAUUUAGUUUAAUAUUAUAGUUAAUAAAAUAUUUUAUGCUUUCUUAUUGGGAUAAAAUCACCUUACUGAUGUCAAAUAGUUUCCUCCCUUUUCUUUCUUGCACUUAGGGAAUGUGAUUAUUCUGAUAGACAAUAGGAAAACACCUACAUAUAAAUCCUUUUGAAAUAGUGAACAGGAAGGAUGUGAUUCAUAAAAUAUUUAUGUACUGUUUAUGCAAGAUACUUUUACAUCUUCUUUAGGAAGAUAUGUGAAAUUUCACAUUUAAUUUAACUUUCACUUUUAAAAAUAACAUGUAAGAAGUGUUAGCAUACAAAAGAAUAUAUAAGUUAAGUAAAACAAGAUGUGCCAAUAUCACAACUAAACAAAUCAGGGAAAAUUUGGCAAGUAUGAAAGCGUAUUUAAGUGAGUUGUGUCUGAUCCUGAUAUUCAAUUUAGCUAUUUUCAUAUAUUUAUAUUUUUAUAUUCUACUCUGAUUUGUCAUAACAGGUGCAGAAUCACAAAUUAUCUUUCCCCUCUCUAGACUUAAACAUCUAUGCUGUAAACAAAAACCUCAUUUGUUCUUAAUCUCAGAAGAUGUAUGAUUAAAAUAAUAUGGAUCUCAAGCCCCAUGUAUAGGAGCUAAAAACCCCAAGGUAGGCUAUUCUUGUCUUUUCCAUCAUCUGGAAGUGGCCUCUGUUGCAAUGACCUAAAUUUUCAUUGUUCCCUUUUUGUUUCCCUUUCCCCCAUGAGAGGGAAAAGUUUUUAUAAUUUGCUCCUACUGAUCAGUUUCUAGUUAAACCCACACACUGUCUUUAGUCAUUAGUUUUUGGUUCCUACCAUUGUUUUUGUUUUUAAACUUUUUCGAAAAAUGAGAAAUGGAAUAGAACUAUUGUCCAUCUGAUGGGCUGGCAAAAACACACUUGCACUGCACAACAGUACAAAUAUGCACAUAUAAUCCCCAUUCACAAUUGUAAUGGGGAUUAAAACUGAACACACUUGAAAUGGUGGUGUAGACAUACCCACUGGGGCCAGACCUGUACUAGGAUAGCCCAAAGUUAUUCCAUAAGGAUUUGAUUAACUUUAUUUGAUUUAUAGUCUAAUUAUUUUAUUAGAAUCAGAGCAAGGUGAAUGAAGAAUGUAAGCCAGGGGUAUUCAUCACAAUAUGUCUCACAAGGGGACAAAUGGAAGAGUUUUUGUGACUGAACCAAUACAUUGGUCAUAUUUCCCCCCUAGUUUGAAAGUUGUCAGUUUUUAACUCUGCAGAAUAGUAUGUGGAAUGAAUCUACUUUGAGUCCUAUUUUAAAAUUUAUUCUGUCAUUUUCUGAUGCUAAGAAUAAAAGGUCAUAAACCAGAAAAAUUGAUGAUUUCUGUUUAUGCCAUACCUCUUUGCAUCACAUAGGAGAAUUAUUUGAUCUGGAACUUCCAGAGUUGCUAUGGAAAAGUUUCUUUUUUUUUUUUUUUUUCUUUUCUUUUUUUUAGAAGCCUGGGGAAACUGUGAGAGAAUUGAGUUCCUUAUCUAUAUUUUCAGAAAUAACACUUUUACUACACACAAACCUUCCCUUAAAGAUAUGUUGUCUUUUUCUUGCAUAAAAAUGGCACAAAUGAACUACUGUCAACUGAAUAGCAGGACAAGAAGUUUGUGUCUUUUUAUAAGGUUGCACUGAUCAAUCCAUUGGGCAUACUGCUGCCCAAUCCUUUUUGUGACCCACAGCACAAAUUUGAGACAGAUAGUCAAAAUUAUAGUUUGGAAAGAAAUGUCUUUUCCCUCUGUCUGCUUAUAGCUACUUGGUUCACAGACUUUACCUCAGUCUCAUGUUCUUUCUGAGCCCAGGUAUCCAUAUACCUGACUUUAAAUUUCUUCAAAAUAGUGAUCUAUUUAAGUUUAUAAUGCUAGAAGAAUCACAGUUUCAACCCCUUUUACCUAUGUAUAUCUGAAAAAGCAACAUUGCUUUAGUGAAACUGUAAAAUAUCAUGAGAAUUUAAGUAUAGGAAAAAUUUAAGGCAAUUUCCCUUUUUUUAAAAAAAAUAUAAUUUCUUUAGGAAAGUCAAGAACAAAAUAUCAGAGCAGCUAUAAGAAAAAUCAUAUAAAAAUUGAUCAUAGCAUUGUGCUCACUGCAUUAGACAUUAUAGCUGAGUACAAAGAGAAUUUCAGCCUUAUGUGGACCAAACCACAGGGCAUCUAAACCUAGUGUUAAAAUUGAAUGAAAACUAUUUAAUUACACAACAAAGAAUGAUUAGCAAAUAUGUGCUCCAAAUGCCCCACUAUUCUGCUAUAAUUUAUAGUAUAAUUUUUACUUAAAAGUUUGCUGGAAACUAGAUUUGCUGCAACCCAAAUAUAUCAUUUCUAAUUGUGAGCUUUUCUAGGAAAUGCAAAUGUUCCUGCCCUAAUCUCUAAAUAAUGCUAACGAUGAAAAAAUUGUCAUGUCAUUUUUUAUGUAACUCCUUUUCCCUCAUUAAUAACAAUGACUUGUAUUUAUAUAACCCAAACAUCAUAUAUAUUUCCCUGGGGCUGGAUUUAGAAGAAAAUGUUAUUAAUUUUUAUGAUUAUCUAAUUUUCCAUAUUAAUGGCAAAUAGCUUAUUAGCUGUUUGUUGUGAUGCAAAAAAAUAAAAACUAUUCAUUAAAGAAUGUUAUCUUCUAUGCCAAGUUGUACUCUUAAGCUCUAUGUUUGAUACUCUUUCCAACAACAAUCACAACAGAAAAAGAAUAUAUUGUUUAGGCAGUUUAAUUAAUUUCUCUGGUAUACAUGAGUUUUCAAUAGUUGCACAUAAUUUAUCCCUUAUACUACAGCUCAGUUUUCAUGUUCUUUGGAAUGUAUAUGUGUUUUGUUUUGUUUUGUUUUGUUUUAAUUUGCUUCACUGAAAUUGAAAUUUUCAUUUACUUUUAUCUUGUUAACUUUAUGUAAAUGUUGGAGUUUAAACGAUACCUUAGAAACUAUUCAGUCCUGCAUCCAUCCUAUAAUUUUCACAUGAGAAAGACUCAAGCUUAGAUUUAUGAUGUGAUUUGCCUAAAAGUAAUAUAGCUAACUUAAUGAAAGACUCAGGACUACAACUCCCAAUGCCAGAGUCUCUUUUCCUAAUACCCCAUCUUAUUAUCUAUUUAAAAAGUGGCUUUGUCCCUCCUCACAUGCUUUAAACUACUGCUAAAGUGUUUAAAAUAAUUUUCUACUGCUUGUCUAUUCAAAGGAUUUACUGUUGUUUCUAUUACUGUAUUCUCUUCAAACUAAUAUAGAAUUUUAAUACUUAGGGCCAGAAAAUCACCUAGAAAAGCAUAUAAUGCAGUGAAUAUUUUAAUUCAGCAAUUAUUUAUUAAGCACAUGUUAUAUGCAGAAUAAUAUAUUAAGGAAUAAUUACAUGUAGUAAUUUCACUGAGACACGGGGUAGUUCAAUUUUAAUUCUAUUUCAUUCAGCAAAUUUUUAUUAAAUUCUCAGUAUAUGUCAGCCACUGUGUUAAACUCUGGGGCUACCAAGACAAAAAUGAAAGCAGGAUUUGUUAAGAAAGUUGUUUUCUAUUUGGUGAUAACCAUAAAAUUGUGUGCUGAAGUAACAUUUGUGCAUUAAGUACAAAAUUUCAAGUACCAAAGAGACAGUGGUAUAUCCACACAGUAACCUCUUCCCUCCCUUCUAAUUUUCUUUCAUCUUUCAGUUUUUUGUUUGUUUUUACAUUCAGAUGGAAAUGGUCUCCUUCUUUGACAGUUCUUUGGACUGAGUUAGCUCUAAUUGUUAGGAAAUAAUUCCUUAUACUGAAGCUAAGUCAGUCUUUUUACUACUUCCACUCAUUGUCUCCAGUUCUUUCUUCUACAGUUAAACAGAACAAGUCUUAUCACUUGUCCCCAGGAUAACCCUUCAAAUCUUUGAAAACAGCUAUCAUUACCUUUAAAGUAUUUCCAGAGGAAGAAAAUAUUUUCUAAUAUCCACAAUUUUUCUAGUCAUAUGUACUAUAGAAUUCUUAUAAAUUCAUAGAAAGAGAUCUCCUCUAGUUAAAUCACCUCUGUGGGGAGGGUCGGGGAGGGGAAAGAGGGAAGGGACUCUCACAUGUGAUAAAAACUCAGCUAAUAUUUAACAAGCUUUUGCAUGAAUAUGCUUUUCUCUAAAUAUAUGUUGUCACAAAUCACGAUUUUUUAUAUAGCUAAAAUAAGUUUGUCUCAAUGAACACAUUCUCUCUCUGUAUACACACAUAUUUUUCUUUACUAUUAAAAUGUGGAAGCCACAAUUUUCAAAAAAGGGAUUUACAUUUGUGAUAGUAACUUUUUUUUUGUUUUUCCAUGACCAACAUUCUCUUUCUACUUAAAAAUCAUAAAUGUUGGCAUUUAAUGAUAAAUAUUAUUUUCAUCACUUAGAGCUUCUUUAGAAGCAGUAACAUUCUUAAUAUUCAUAAUAUUUCAUCCUGUUUGAGAUGAACAAAAUAUAAUCCUGGAAAGAAACUCUAUUUGGUAAACUGAUGACUCCCUUAGAAGAAGACAUUUAUUGUAUUAAUUCAUAUAUAGGUUGUCACUAAAUAAAGAUUACACUCUUAGCAUGAGUUCUUUAAAAGGGGAAAAAAAUAUUUAAGCAUACUCUAAACAAAAUAUUGGUUCAAAGUCUCAUUCAUAUUUUUAUUUAAAAAAAGCAAGCAAUCUAUAUUUAGACUAAUGUAAUUUCAUUAAGUGAGCAUUUUCCUUCAAAUGGUGAAUUAAGUAUCCUGAGACAAUCCCUAACCACAAUCCUUAAACUAUUUCUCUACUGCCUAGUUUUCUUUUUCUGCCUCAUCUUCUCUUUAUCUUAUUAUUAUGUCUGUUUUUUUCUGUCAUUCAGAGAACCAGAUCAGUUAAGACAGUAGAAGCUCAUCACCAAAGGUUUGCUUAUAAAACAAUGGGUAUUUUUCAGUAUAAGGAAUAAUUUUCCUAUUUAUGUGCAAGGAGCUGAGAAUGCUUUAGAAAUAAGAAUUAGGACCAGUUUCUUUUCUUAUGUUAUGCAGUUAUAUAAAGACAGAUAAAAUGGUGAAUGGAAGAUGUUCUGAUAAAAACAGAAGCCAAACUUUUUUUCUUUGGCUUUUUCAGUUCCCUCAGAUAAAAUGGAUGGUAUCCCUAAAUAGAUAGGUAAACUGGCCAGCAAAACUUACAACUAUAGUGCAUUUAAUAUAUCAACAAUUUUAAUUUUUGGUUCACAUUCAGAAAUGUUGAACCUAUAGUAUGAUAUCCAUAGGAAACUUACUCAAAGUAGGUAGCUCAGUCUAUUCAAAUAUGUGUAUUAUAUAUGGAGAUUGAGAACAAUCAAACAAAAUACGGUUAUUAAAAAUCUAGGUAAUCUUCCAAAAUAAAUUAAUACCUUAUCUCUUAAGGAGUUGAUGGGCUCUAUUAGUUGUUAUACUGAGAUUUUCUAGUAUACAUUUAAUUCCAAAGGAAUAACCAUUUUUUCCCAGAUAAAGGGGAAUCCCUGAGUUACAAUCUGGAUGUCUAGAGAUAAGAUAAAGUUACAACCUGUGUGUUAUUUGAGAGUUCUCAAAAAUUUCACAUGGUGAGGUAAUCCCAACAAUCAGUCAUUUAACUUCAGGCAUCAUAAGUUUAUGUCUCUUAAUUUCUUUAUUUAGUAUAUUUUAGUGAAAUAUCUGCUUAAAGGAUUCCAAAUAUGUUUUUAAAAUAUGAUUUAAAACAAAAUUAAAAAUAGAAAAGAAUGAGGAUGAUUUUGCUAAAAGUUUUAAUAGGGGAAAAAAUAGUCAUGUUAUUCCAUGUAUGAACUUGCUCAGUGAAUAAUGUUUACCAUCAGGUUUAGGCUUGUUCUUAGAUUCUAAGACUGAAUGUAAUAAAGGUGAAGUUGAGGGCUAAAGAAAAAAAAAUAAUAAUUGUGAAAGAGGUCACUUAAAUUAGCCUUAAAUCUCCAUUACUUACUAAUUAUUUGUCAUUAUCAUGCCUGCCUUAAUUUUCCAGUCUUUAACUUCCUUCUUAGGUCAAAGCCCAACUGAUAAUUUCCAAAGGUUAAAAAAAAAAAGUUGAAUUUUAAGUUAGCUAGUCCUUAUGGGACGGAUAUCUACUCCCAGCUUCCUGACAGGUUCUUUAUAGUGAAGCUUCCCCACUUUGUCCUUGAGGUAGCUUGCUAUAGAAGUAAGGGCAUGAAGUCUAGGGUCACAAAAUCUGAGUUCAAAUGCUAACUGUACUACUUGCUGCCUGUGUAAUUUCCUUAUCUGUAAAAUUGAAAGAAUUAAACUAAGAUUUCUUUGUUAUUUCCAGCCCUUGGUCUAUAAUGAUCUUUAUCUUCCAUGGAGAAAAAUGUGAUUGAAAAAUCAUUCCUUUUUUUGAGCAAAGUAGGAGAGUAGCUAUCAUUAGAAAGAUUACUUUUACAAUGUAUUGUUCAUUCUAAUGACAUAUCUGCUUUGUUUAGAGAUGCAUUCAAGUUUGAUUUAGUGAAAAGACUAUUGAAGUUGGAGUACAAAAACAUAGCCUCUAAUCCCUGUUCUUCUUUGCACAUAGUAGGUAUUCUAUGAAUAUUAGUUAUUUUUAUAAUUAUUGUUAUCUAGUCUUGGACAAAUUACAUCAUCUCUGUGAUUUAGUCUCUGCUUUAUAAAAUGAAGAAAACAAUUUAGACUAUUUCUUUCAAGAAUGGAAUGCUGAUAUAAAAAUUGACUUUAUGGUUCUUAAAUGAUAGAAUCAUUUUUUUUUAAUUAUAGCUUUUUAUUUACAAGAUAUAUGCAUGGGUAAUUUUUCAGCAUUGACAACUGCAAAACCUUUUCUUCCAAUUUUUUCCCCUCCUUCCCCUCCCCCCCUCCCCCAGAUGGCAGGUAGACCAAUACAUGUUAAAUAUGUUAAAGUAUAUGUUAAAUACAAUAUAUGUGUGUGUAUAUAUAUAUAUAUAUAUAUAUACAUACAUACAGUUAUUUUGCUGCACAGGAAGAAUCGGACUUUGAAGUAAUGUACAAUUAACCUGUGAAGGAAAUCAAAAAUGCAGGCAAACAAAAAUAGAGGGAUUGGGAAUGCUAUGUAGUGGUUCGCAUUCAUUUCCCAGAGUUCUUUUGCUGGGUGUAGCUGGUUCUAUUCAUUAUUGAACAAAUAGAACUGAUUUGGUUCAUCUCAUUGUUGAAGAGGGCCACAUCCAUCAGAAUUGAUCAUCAUAUAGUAUUGUUGUUGAAGUAUAUAAAGAAAAUGAUAAGAGUUCUUAACAAAAGUUGACCAAAAAAUUCUUAACAAAAAUAUUUUUAAUUAACAUUUUAUGUUCAUAUAUUACCAAAAAUGUGUGUGUGUAUGUUAUAUAGAUAUGUAUACAUAUAUAAUUAUAUGUAUGUGUGUAAAACUAAAAGGUCUACCCUCAAGGUAAAUAAAUGAGGCAUUACUUAAUUCAUUUUAAGUAUAGUCUUUAUGAGGCAAACAUUUACAAUUCAGUAAAUAAUUAUGAAGGAACAUAUGAAGUUUUGUUCUUAUGAACAAAUGUUAUGAAGUUUUGUUCUAGGGACAAGACAUUGUGCUAGGCAAUGGGAGAAAAAGAUAAAAAUAACAAAAACAAAACUCUCAGUUCUUAAGAAUUUUGUAGUCUAAUUUGGGAAUAUACAGAUAUUAUACCAGAUCAAAUUUGAGAAGAGGAGACAAAAUUAUGUAAUAAUAUGUAGUUACACAUAGUGUGUGUUUGUGUAUGUGUGUGUAUGUGUGUGUGUGUGUGUGUGUAUACACAGACUUAUGUUGGAAAAAAUUGUAUUUGGGCUUAGAUGUUUUCAUUUCUCACUGAUAAUUUGUUAAUAUCAUUCGUGCCUUAAUUUUCACAUUUUCCAUGAUUAUACCAAAUAGCAACCAUUCUUGUAUAGUGGCUCAUCUACUUGGCUCAGAAAGACAGCACCCUUCUGUUCUGAUUUAUUAGAAAAAGGGAAUUGCUAAAGACAGACAUGAAACUGGUAUUGAAUAGUAGCAUGUUAACCAGAUGUGAGUGCAGAAGGGUGGCCUCAGAACCCUAAAACUAGUUAUAAAGAUUUACCUCCUGCCUUAACCUUUCAUCCUAGGGAAGGUGAAAGGAACAAUCCUUAUCCAUUAUAAUUUACCAUAGGAUUUAAUCUGAAAGGGAUCGUUUAUUCACGUUUAAAUAGAAAUAUCUCCUCAGCACAACAGAGAAUGAUUAUUUUAAAUCAAAUCUUGUUAAACUAUCUCCAGGAAAGGUCACCCUUCAACAUUAAGGAACUCAUGCCUCACUACCAUUGACCCCAAGCUUUCUUCCAUAAACAUUUCCUGUCACAUAGAAAUGAAUUGAAGGUCCCUAAUUCAUUAUUAUUUUACCACAAGAAACUCCUUAGCAAUAACAGAUAUAUAGCUAAUAUUUGUAGAAAAGAAAAAAUAAAUGGGGAGGGAAAGAGAAGAUCAGAUUUAGAAUGUUCUUUCUAGUUAUUUUUUUCUACGUUGAAGUAUUCUUAAAGACUGUAUCCAAGUAAUUUAAUCAAAUAGAGAUAACUUUUAUUGCUGGAGUUUUUCCAACAACUUAAUUACUCUUCAUUGAGAAAUUGAUCAUAUGGUUAUGUGAUCAAUUUCAUUUGCAUAAAAUAGCCAGAAAUACUGUUUUGCUAGGAAAGUGACCUAGAAUUAAUCAAGUUAUGUAGAUUCACCUGAUCUGUCAUGGAUUUUUACCCUUUAAAAUUCUUUUUUUUUUCCCAAAUAAAUGAUCAGAGUUGAUUAUGUCUCCUUUACCUUCAAGGCCUAUUGUAGUUUAUGAUAGAAAUAAAAGCUCCCUUUUUGCUUCUACCUUCCUACAGCUGAAUGUAUUUUAAGUCCUCAUUAUUUGUAUCAUUGGGGAAUAUAUUUUUAUUUGUUUCUAGAAUUUUUAUAUGUACAUAGUAGGAUCUGCAUUUAGUAAAUAAAACAUGAAAAUGAUCUGCCAAAAAAUGAGAAAAUGAAUUUUUAUAAUAACAUAUUUUAUUAUUUAACUAAAAGUAUUGCCAUUUUAUUUCUAUUAGGAAUACACUUCAUUCAUAGAACUACAAUGUCAUAUAUCACUGGUCUCUUGUUAUAUAUAUAAUUCUGUUCAACAUGUCCUAAACUUCUCACUUGUAUGUUGAAAAGAACAUCGCCCAUGAUGAUGUGGAAAGACUUGAGUCCUAGUCCUGAUUCAACUUAUUGGCUGUGUGACCUUGAACAAAUUUCUGAAUUUCUCUGAGGCUGUUCAUCUGGAAAAUGAGGUUAAUAAUAUUUGCACUACUUAUUUCACAAGGUUAUUGAGAAGAGUAUGUUAUAAACUAUAAAGUACUAUCUAAAUAUAUUGUUAUAUAUUCCUAAGCAAUCUUUUCCUUGAGCAAUUAUUGUAAGAUUAUUGUACCUUUGCUCACUGAACUUAUCUUGCUGUACAACAAUGUGUGAAUAUCACUGAUAUUUUAGAAAACCACAUUUAACAUAGCUACUGAAGUUUACUCUAUGUUCACUUUGAAACUGUGUAUGGUUUGGCCACUGUUAAGACUAAAGACAGACUGAAUGUCUUUCAAGACUAGUGCAGCCUAGCUAAAUUCAGAGAUGUGUUCAUCAUUGGAUGGUUGGCUAUAAGAGGUAUUCUUUUCUUCCAAUACAAAUCACAAAAAACAAGGCAAGAAAGUGUUAUAUCUGUGCUCAUGAAGACAACAUCCACAUUGAUGAAAUCAUGAGUCCCCAAAAAUAUGGGCAGAAAGUGUACGUUCUGCAUGUAAUUUGCAAUGUCUUUUCAGAUGCCUUUAGAAAAUGUCAAUAGUAUUCUAUUAAUGCAGGCAGGAGGUACACUAGGGAAAUUGUGUGGUCAAUUUCCAAAGUAGGACAUAGCUAGCAUUUAGAAGACUUCCUCUACUUCUUAGUUUAUACUCUACUUUGAAAUUCCCUGUUUCUUUAUCCUGUCAGCCAAAUGUGCUAUGCAAAUAUUGAAAUAUGAAGUGGCUAUGCUUGAUAAUACAUUUUGAAUUACUGCUAAUUUUAUUUGCUAAAUUUGGAGUGCUUUAUUUUAGCUUACCAUAGAGAAAUUUUGACAAUCAUUUGACUAACUAAGGGUGCUACUCAUUUUUCCCAAAUCUUGACUUUAAUAGUAAACUCCUGCAAAAAUUUAUUUUUGUAAUGUACUAAGCCUAUUGCCUUGUCUUUUUUGCAUAUUGUUAACACUGUAUAUGUUUUUUUUGCAUACUAUUAUAUUGUAUUUCAAUGAUUUUUUUCCCUGAUUGCUUAUUAAAUCCUAUUGCAAGCCUGUAUUGACUUAAAAUGGCAAGUUUAUGCAUAUAUAUUUAUAUACUAAGACAAUUAUCUUAGGUUAUUCAAUUAAAAUGAAAAUAAUAAAUAAAAAUCCCACAUUAAGUUUCUGAAA